AUGGAUGUCUCUCUUUGCCCAGCCAAGUGUAGUUUCUGGCGGAUUUUCUUGCUGGGAAGCGUCUGGCUGGACUAUGUGGGCUCCGUGCUGGCUUGCCCUGCAAAUUGUGUCUGCAGCAAGACUGAGAUCAAUUGCCGGCGGCCGGACGAUGGGAACCUCUUCCCCCUCCUGGAAGGGCAGGAUUCAGGGAACAGCAAUGGGAACGCCAGCAUCAACAUCACGGACAUCUCAAGGAAUAUCACUUCCAUACACAUAGAGAACUGGCGCAGCCUGCACACACUCAAUGCCGUGGACAUGGAGCUCUACACUGGACUCCAAAAGCUGACYAUCAAGAAUUCAGGACUCCGGAGCAUCCAGCCCAGGGCCUUUGCCAAGAACCCCCACUUGCGCUAUAUAAACCUGUCGAGCAACCGCCUCACCACACUCUCGUGGCAGCUCUUCCAGACGCUGAGUCUUCGGGAACUGAGACUGGAGCAGAACUUCUUCAACUGCAGCUGCGACAUCCGCUGGAUGCAGCUGUGGCAGGAGCAGGGGGAGGCCAGGCUCAACAGCCAGAAUCUCUACUGCAUCAACGCCAACGGCUCUCAGCUCCCCCUCUUCCGCAUGAACAUCAGUCAGUGUGACCUUCCUGAGAUCAGCGUGAGCCAUGUCAACCUGACUGUCCGAGAGGGUGACAAUGCUGUCAUCACUUGCAACGGCUCUGGAUCGCCCUUGCCUGAUGUGGACUGGAUCGUCACAGGGCUGCAGUCCAUCAACACCCACCAGACGAAUCUGAAUUGGACCAAUGUACAUGCCAUCAACUUGACACUGGUGAAUGUGACGAGCGAGGACAAUGGCUUCACCCUGACAUGCAUUGCAGAGAAUGUGGUGGGCAUGAGCAAUGCCAGUGUUGCCCUCACCGUCUACUACCCCCCACGCGUGGUGAGCCUGGAGGAGCCCGAGCUGCGCCUGGAGCAUUGCAUCGAGUUCGUGGUGCGCGGGAACCCGCCACCCACGCUGCACUGGCUGCACAACGGGCAGCCGCUGCGGGAGUCCAAGAUCAUCCACGUGGAGUACUACCAGGAGGGCGAGGUCUCGGAGGGCUGCCUGCUCUUCAACAAGCCCACCCACUACAACAACGGCAACUACACCCUUAUUGCUAAAAACCCCCUGGGCACUGCCAACCAGACCAUCAACGGACACUUCCUCAAGGAGCCCUUUCCAGAGAGCACAGAUAUCUUUGACUUUGAGUCUGAAGUAAGCCCUACACCUCCUAUCACUGUGACCCACAAACCAGAGGAAGACACCUUUGGGGUGUCCAUCGCGGUUGGACUAGCUGCGUUCGCCUGCGUCCUUUUGGUGGUUCUCUUCAUCAUGAUCAACAAGUAUGGUCGACGGUCCAAAUUUGGAAUGAAGGGUCCUGUGGCUGUCAUCAGUGGUGAAGAGGACUCCGCCAGCCCAUUGCACCACAUCAACCAUGGCAUCACCACACCCUCAUCGCUGGACGCCGGGCCCGACACGGUUGUCAUCGGCAUGACCCGCAUUCCAGUCAUCGAGAAUCCUCAGUACUUCCGUCAGGGACAUAACUGCCACAAGCCAGACACGUAUGUGCAGCACAUCAAGCGAAGGGACAUAGUGUUGAAGCGAGAACUGGGCGAGGGAGCCUUUGGGAAGGUCUUCCUGGCUGAGUGCUACAACCUCAGCCCAACCAAGGACAAGAUGCUGGUGGCAGUGAAGGCCCUGAAGGACCCCACCCUGGCUGCCCGAAAGGAUUUCCAGAGGGAGGCCGAGCUGCUCACCAACCUGCAACAUGAACACAUUGUCAAGUUCUAUGGGGUGUGUGGUGAUGGGGACCCCCUCAUCAUGGUCUUUGAGUACAUGAAGCAUGGAGACCUGAAUAAGUUCCUCAGGGCCCAUGGGCCAGAUGCCAUGAUCCUCGUGGAUGGGCAGCCACGCCAAGCCAAGGGCGAGCUGGGGCUCUCUCAGAUGCUCCACAUUGCCAGUCAGAUCGCCUCAGGCAUGGUGUACUUGGCCUCCCAGCACUUCGUGCACAGGGACCUGGCCACCAGGAACUGCCUGGUUGGAGCCAACCUGCUGGUGAAGAUUGGAGACUUUGGCAUGUCCAGAGAUGUCUACAGCACUGAUUACUACAGGGUGGGAGGACACACUAUGCUCCCCAUCCGCUGGAUGCCCCCUGAAAGCAUCAUGUACCGGAAGUUCACUACAGAGAGUGAUGUGUGGAGCUUCGGGGUGAUCCUUUGGGAGAUCUUCACCUAUGGAAAACAGCCAUGGUUUCAGCUCUCAAACACAGAGGUCAUUGAGUGCAUUACCCAAGGUCGUGUCUUGGAGAGGCCCCGAGUGUGCCCCAAAGAGGUGUAUGACAUCAUGCUGGGGUGCUGGCAGAGGGAACCACAGCAGCGGCUGAACAUCAAGGAGAUUUACAAAAUCCUCCAUGCUUUGGGGAAGGCCACCCCAAUCUACCUGGACAUUCUCGGCUAGUGGUGGCUGGUGGUCAAGAAUUCAUACUCUGUUGCCUCCUCUCUCCCUGCCUCACAUCUCCCUUUACCACCUCACAACUCCUUUCUUCCAUCCUUGACUGAAGCAAACAUCUUCAUAUAAACUCAAGUGCCUGCUACACAUACAACACUGAAAAAAAA